AUGGAGAAAACUCCCAAUUCUCUGCUGCUCUCUCUUUCGAUGAUGCUCAUCUGCUUUUCGUUGAUCCCCCCCACAUUCGCGGGCCGGGUGAAGCUCGCAAAGGUAGUCUACGACCAAGGGUCUCGGGGUAAGAAGUUUGACUACAACACUCCCUGGAAAGUUGUUAUGAGCAAGAUUGGCGACGGAAAACCGUUCCCCUACGACGCCAAUGGCAUCUACAUGGUUCUCACUGGCAAUAACGUGGAGAUUUCUGGCUUUUGCAAGAAAUUUUGCGGGUGGCACACGAUGAAUCGUCUCGGCGGGUCGAAGCCUGUCGCGUAUGCCCUCGUGGGUCAUCACGGGUUAUGUCCGGAAAAGUGCGGGGCGAAGCCGACUUCGCCUAACGGAAAGCCCUGGCUCGACGCGAUGGUUUCGACAGUCGCUCACGAGAUCGCGGAGGCUGCGACGGAUCCUGAUUCCAGCACCGGCUGGAUCGACGCUAAACGGGAGGAGAACGCCGAUAAGUGCAGCUACAGCUACGGAGUUACGCAAACAGCAAAGAAUGUGAACGGUGAGGAUGCAGAGUACAACCUCCUGGGUCUCAACAAUAUGAAGUUCCUGAUCCAGCAGAACUGGGACGUGGCGGCGGGCUCAUGUGUACUGCAGACAACUGAAUAG